AUGAACAUGAACUUUGUUCAGUUUGCUAGAACAUAUAAAGCUUUUAAUAAUGAACUGACAAAAUUUUCAGAGAAUGUUAUACCAAGAAUAUUUCCAACUUAUUCUCCUAAUCCUAAAGGUCCAAAUUUUGGUCUUUAUUGCAAAUAUCAACUUUUAAGGUAUAAACCCUGGAGAACGACCCAAAACAAUGCAUGGGGUGAUCAGAAACCAACUGACGAGGCCCUUAUAAAUUAUUGGCAUGAAUUCUUGCAAACAUCUUAUGGACAAUCUAAUGUCCCAGAUUGGUUUGACAAAUUGCAAAAUGUCAUUCAAAGUCAAGAACGUGAAGAUGAACCUUCUCAAGAGCAGGAGGUAACUCGAGAAGAGUGGAUGGUAUUGUCAGACCUUCACACUCCUUUUGAAAAUGCUGAAGGAAUACCAGAGUCGGCACAUGAUUGGCAUCUCGAUCGAGUUAAUUAUUCAGAACAGCAAAUUCGUGAAAUGCCUACAUGGAUAGAAACUAAGAAGGAAGACUACACUAUUGAUGAGCAAUAUGUUGUUGACAUCAACAGCUUUAGUGAAAUGCAAAAACUUGCUUAUGACAUUGUUAAAUCUCAUUUUGAUGAUGCAUCGUCUGAAAAAGAGUCAUUAUGUCUAAUCAUAAAUGAUGUUGCAAGGUACUGGUAAAAGUUACCUUAUUAAUGCUAUUCGAAACCUUCUACAAGGUAAAUGUGCUGUUACUGCUACAACAGGUAAAGCAGCAUACAAUAUAAAAGGUGUAACUGUGCACUCUUUAUUAAAGUUACCUAUAGGGUCAAGUGGUAAUAAGGACCUGACAGGACAGACUUUAUGUAGGUUGCAGGAGAACCUUAAUAAUGUUGAAUACAUCAUUAUUGACGAAUAUUCCAUGCUUGGCCAAGUUACUUUUGGCUGGAUAGACAAACUUGGCAAACAAGCAACUGGUUGUAACAGCAAAGUAUUUGGAGGAAAAUCUUUGAUUUUGACUGGUGAUCCAGAUCAAUUACCACCAGUUGCUGAUAAACCUCUUUACCAUUCUAAACCAUCGAAUGCUGUUGGUGAACAAGGUUAUCAAGCAUAUGAUAUGUUUGAUAAAGUUAUUAAACUCGCGGUAAAUCAACGAGUGCAAGGCAUGAGCUCUGAGCAAGUGAAACCAGUUGUGUUUCUGACAAAAGGUGCUAUAGUGAUGUUAACUAUGAAUUUAUGGCCAAGCGUUGGGCUCUGCAAUGGGGCUACUGGAACAAUCGUUGAUUUUAUUUUCGAGAACAAUCAUCAACCACCCGACCUACCUAUUGCGGUUAUAGUAAAGUUUGAAAACUACAGAGGUCCAGUUUUUGAUCAGGAAAAACCAAUGUGUAUUCCUAUAUGUCCAAUCACUGUAUUGUCGCAGACUGAAUUUGGUUUCCAUGAGAGGCAACAAUUGCCUCAGACUUGCUUGGGCUCUUACAAUACACAAGAGCCAAGGACUUACACUUCCAAAAGCAUGGAUAGAUGUUGGCAAAUCUGAAAGAACUGCUGGAGUUUCUUAUGUUGCUAUUAGCAGAGUAAAAUCACUUGCAUCUUGUGUCAUUGAACCAAUGACGUAUGAACGAUUAACAAGCUUGAAAUCAUCCGCUAAUUUACAAUAUAGGCUUGCAGAAGAAACCAGGCUUGAUCAGUUGGCACAGAGUACUAGUAGUGCAUAA